AUGACAAGGCAUCAACUCGUCCUUCGUAUCCUCAUAGCAGCAGCAUGCGUGUCUGCCUUCGUCCACGCCGACCUCCCUUUUUGUACACCUGACCAUGUCCAACUCGCGCUCGAAGCUACCUACCCCCACCCGUCGCACCAGUUGUGCAUGAAGGAUGCAGGCAUGCAGAACAAAGUGUACUUGAGCUCGCGAUUUACGCCGUCCCUGACUCAAGUGGGGGCGUUCUUCAACUCGAAGGCGUGCCGCGAGACGUUUGGCGUGAUUAUGGACGCCGUCAAGAACAACAUGCCCAUGUGCAUGUACAGUGAAGCUAUUUCGAGUAAGCAACUAAGCGCCCUCACGUACGACCAGCUCAAGACUCUGUACACAGCGUAUAUCGAGUCCCUCUAA